UGUACUUCAUAUAGUAUUCAGUAGAUUCUGAGUUCUUGUAUGUUUGUUUCUGUAGACUGUGAUCUCUCUGGUGAUAAUCAUCAGGUGUUUAAUGGACACCCAGGAGGUUCAGUUCUGUUACCCUGCUCCUGCUCUGACCUGAACACCAAACCUCAGACAUUCACCUGGAUGACCUUCAGAACAGGAUCUCUGACUGACGUGUUAAAUGAUGAACACUACCGUGGCAGACUUCAGCUGUUUAAUAACAUUUCUCCUGGUAAUCUGUCUCUGUUCAUAUCUGACCUGAGAGUAGAAGAUGGGGCAGACUACAGGUGCAGCACUGAGAAGGAAUACAGAGACAUGAAGAUUAAUGUUAAAGUAGGAAGAAGAGAAACUUCAACACACUCGGGGAAAACAGACAGAAGACCUCCAUCAGAACAGCCUCCAAGUAAAACAACAAACUCUCCACCUUCAUCAUCCUCAACAACACUGGAACAAGAUAAACAACAAAUUCACAGCAGCCUCCCUCUGGGCUGUGAGCUGGUGAAGAAGGCAGAGGUAGAGGACAUGACUGUGUUCACAGGAGAGUCUGUAGUUCUGCCCUGUGUCUGCACUGACCUACAGAACAAACCAAAGUCUCUAAAAUGGGAGUUUUCAAUACCAACAGAAUCUAAUAGCAAUCAUUAUCAGGAAAUUUACCCUGAACAGACUGGACAUCACAGAAACAGAGUCAAACUGGUCAGUAAAAACUCUCCAGGAAACCUCUCUCUACUCCUAUCAGACCUGACUGAAGAGGACCAGGGAAACUACAGAUGUUCUGUACAGGCAGAGAGAAAAGAUUUCAGACUAAAUGUUAAAGGAGGAAGAAGAGAAACUUCAGGCUAUGCAGGUUUUACAUUUUUUGUGGAAUAUGCGUAAACUACAAAGACCGCAGGUGGACCAGUGAUUCCCCUCCCCCCAUGCACCAGAGACUUUUUAACAAGGACACUGACAAGUAUUCACAGUUUAUAAAACCACAGACACAUGAACAACUAGCAUUCUCAUAGUUCUGCAGAGCCAAUGUGAGACACCCAGCAUGUCAGAGUGACCACAGGACUGUGGUCAGGGCAACGUGGGGGCUGAUGGGAGAAUGACAACUUCCUCUUUCUCACAGCUUCAGUUAACCAACAUUGUACCAUGCAGAAAGAAUACUGUGUAAUACUCCACACUCAACAAGACCACUGUCACAAACCCUUUAACUAACUAUAAGUGUGUUAAUGUGUAUUUUAACUGAUUUCACUGGACCACCGACACAUACAGAACAAACACAGAAACUCCACACAGAUGGGAACCUGAUCUCAGGACUGAAGCAGGGACCCUGGAGCUGUGAGGAGACGACGCUACACACUGCAUCA